UGGCGGUCCUACGAAGUUGGAUUUCAAUUUAACAUCCUCUGAAAUCGGAUUUCAUGGUUUUGGGUAACAUCGUGAUUGGUUUACAAACCUUUUUGACCCUGAGAAGAACCCCAAUCAUUUUUAAGAUCAAGUGGAAAAAAUGGGUUCCAUUAGUUUGACUUGCCCACUGUGUUGUGGAGAGACUUUUGAUAAUUUUGAAUCUCUGAAGUAUCAUUUACUCAGUAUAACAGACAAUUUGUAUUGCCCUGGUUGUUCAUUAAGAAUGCACUCCAUAGCAGAGUUGACACAACAUUUGGAUGCUUGUCAAACCGAACCAGGAAGUACCACAAUUGAAGAUGAAGAAAACCAUGAAAAUCAAAGUUCAACUUUAAAUGAAGAUGUAAAUGAUAUAAUUAUGUACAAUUCAACUUGUUACCCAAGUUUGAGUGAUGACAAUUUCCUUGCAACAGUUAAUGAAGCUGGUCAAAUGAUGACAAGUGAUGGAAGAGCUUUACAAGUAGACGAAAAUGGAGACAUACAAGUUGUUGAAAAAAUUGUUUGUAAUCAACAACCACUCACAGAUCCUUUUGAAAACAAUUCCAGAGAUUCAACUGAAAAUGAAAAUAUAUAUAUAGACAACUUAGCAACAAAUGAUAUGCAGGAAUCAGCUUCUGAAAUAAUUACCGAUGAGUUAGUAGAUGUAAAUGAUAAUUCACCCAUGAGUCUGCAACAAAUAGAGGAACCUGCUAUUAAUAAUACAGAUUUAUUAUUAAUAAAAGAUGAAAAUUUAAAUAAAGAAGAGGAAUCAAGUACUACAUAUAAUUGUAGCACCUGUGAUAUGAGUUUUUCUUGCGUUCUAACUCACAUAAAUGAAUAUCACAAUGGACAAGAAGUAGUUUUAGAAAUGAAUGAAACAUUAGAAAAGGAAUUAAUGCUUCCUGUUACUAAUACUAAAGUACCUAGUCAAAUCAAUUCUGCAGCCAAUAAACCUGUACAAAAAUCUAGACAAACUAUGAAUACAUUGCAAACAGAAGAAUGUAUUGACAGUGACGGUAGAUUAUACACUAGAAAAGUCGUUCAAAUUGAAAAAUUUUGGGAUAGACAGCCAGUUAACUUACCUAGCACUAAAGCUCCUAUGAUUGAAAAGUUUUUUUCCAAUGUAGAAGGAGUAAAGGUUCGAGAUAAAAGUGUUACUGUAGCCCCUACAAAAAUGUAUAGAUGUAAUCAGUGUUUAGAACAAUUUGCUAAAUUAAACGAAUUUCAUGUUCACAUGUGUUUACAAGGAACAAAUCGAUGUCAACAUUGUGAACAAACAUUUGCUACCAUGAAUGCAUUAAAAAAUCAUCUGAAAACACAUGAUACUGAUUUAACAUCCCAACAAAUUUUUCUUUGUUCUAUUUGUGGUACCGAAUUUUUCACCCAUAAAAGUUUACGACUUCAUUCAAGAAUGCAUCAACCAGUACGUACAAGGCAUGUUGACGCUCCUGAAGGUGCAGAAGAGGAAACUUUUCAAUGUCAGGAAUGUGGAACAACUUUAUCCGAAUCAUAUCGUGAAGCACACAUGGCUCUACAUGCAAGCGAGCCAAUUACUUGCACUGUAUGUAACAGAAAAUUUGAUUCUGAAGAAAGUUUGAUUAUGCAUGCAGCAGUUCACAUGGAUAAUAGUAAUUCUAAUACUAACGAUGUUUUAACAAGUCCAGAACUUCACUUUCAACAUCAGUCUCAAUCACCAGAAUUGCUAAACCAAGACCUUUCGUCAAUGAACCUAAGUGUAAACGAUAGCAGUAAAUUAACUGAAUCUUUGAAAUCCGAAACUAUUGUAUCCACACAAACUACUGAACAAUUAAGUGAACAAGCUGACCUUCAAAAUCUCAAGCCAUACCAAUGCCAGCAUUGCGGCCGACGGUUUAUGCGACCUCAUGAAAAAGUAAAACACGAAAGGAUACACACUGGCGAGAAGCCUCAUUCAUGUGAAGUAUGUGGUAAGAAGUUUCGAGUUUCUUAUUGCUUGACACUUCACAUGCGCACUCACACAGGUGUUCGUCCAUACGAAUGUCAACAUUGUGGUAAGCGCUUCAAAGCUUCAUCUGUGUAUAAUCACCAUCUGUUGACACAUGGCGAUAAACGAGCUUAUACAUGUCCAUAUUGUCCAAAAACAUUUAAAACAAGAGUACAACUUGCUGGACAUAAAAAUAGUCACACUAAACCGUUUCGCUGUACAGAGUGCUCAAGACCGUUUGCUUCAUUAUAUGCUGCGAGAGCCCAUAUACAAACGCAUAAAAAAGUUAAUAAUCUCAAAUUUAGCUGUGCUAUAUGUGGUGCAUCGUAUGGUCGAGCUUUUGCUUUGAAAGAUCAUAUGCGACUUCAUCCAGAUGUGACCAAUCCACCAGAAGCAUCCAGGGAAGAAGAAGUACAAGAGGAAGAUACUUUUUUGCUUCCCCAUGAAGAAGUUUUAUUGAAUGAAAAUGAACUAAUCGUUCCAUCAGAUAUGGUAGUUGAAGAAUGCUGAUAAUAAUUAUGCGCUAAAAUUCAAGUGUAUUUUUUUCCAUAAUGUUAUAAAUAGUUAGUUUUGUUUUCGCAUCUAUUAAUAUAUAUAAUAAUAUAUAUUUUACAAUUACUUUGACUUUUAAACUUUAAUGUUACUGUUGACAUAUGUUUAAAAGUUUAAAUUCAAUUUAUAAAUACAAUUCAUGGAGCUCGUUUCUAAACUCUAUUGAAAAAAAGUAUAAAACUUUAUCUAUACCACGAUCUUUUUUGUAGAAGGUGAAGUCGCUUAGGACAUAUUUUGAAUAUAAAUAAACUGACUGAUCAGAAUAAUGGCUUAAGAA